CGCUGCUCGCCGAAAGAGAGUUGCAUUUAUUCGGGCGCACCCUGUCGCCGGCGUUACAACCACCGCACUGCACACGCACGUCGCUCGCACACACCAACACACGUCACGCACACCGACAGUCGGCCCGGAGUCGAAGACACGACCGAUACGCGUAUACGGCCCCCGCCGCGAACGUCUUGCGACUCUCUCUUUCUAUCUUUCACCACUUUCGUCGCUGUUGUUAAACGUAUUUUAUAUUUUAAUCGUAUUUAUUAUAACAAUAUCAUAGACAAUUUUUAUUUAACUAGAUAAUAUAAUUUAUUAUUUUUUUUUCUCUUAUAUUAUUCUACUAAAACACUAAAACGAGAAAGAAAAAAAGUUGUUGAUGUAUAAAAAUUAUAUGUCAUAAAAGUUGUUCGUUUUUUUUUUUUCAAUUUUUUAAAGUUUAUCGUCGACUUAUUUAGUAUAAUAUUUCGUUUGUGUACACAAUUCGCGUCGAAUCGUCUGCUCGGGAGUGUGCUGGAUGGGAAAUCUGCAGUGGUCUUCSGGCUGACCCAGGAAAUGUAUCCUGGUUUUUGAAAAUUCAAAUUGAUGAACAGACACUAAAUUAUAUUUUAUCAAAAUGACUAACAACCAUUUGAAUACGAUUUCUGGACAAGAUCAACAGUACUGUUUGCGAUGGAACAAUCAUCAGACAAAUCUAACAAAUGUAUUUGUUCAAUUAUUUCAAUCUGAAGAAUUUACCGAUACUACRCUGUUUUGUGAGGGUGGACCACCUGUCAAAUGUCAUAAAAUGGUAUUGGCUGCAUGUUCGUCAUACUUUCAGUCAGUAUUUGCUGAGGUACCUGGUAAACAUUCUGCAGUUGUACUGAAAGAUGUUGGCCAUUCUGAAAUGAAAGCCAUACUUGACUAUAUGUACAAAGGUGAAGUGAAUAUUGCUCAUGAUCAAUUAGCCGCUUUGCUUAAGGUCGCUGAAAUGCUUAAAGUUAAAGGACUCGUUCAAGACAAUACAUAUCAACCACAAAGUGCAACUCCUGCCGUUGACGAAGACCGAAAUAUAAUAAGUACUUCGUCUCCAAAUCACGUAUCACCUGAUGGAAAUACGAGCGCAUCCAAAGAUCUCGCCAUCAAUAUUAACAAUAAUAAUGAGCACAAUGAUUCACCUCCGCAUAGUACUGGUAUUACCCAUCAAUCACCAUUUUACAACAAAAACUAUUAUGGGAAAUCACCACCAUUAGUUGACCAUAGACCUGGAAGAAGUAACGUUCCAAUGUGGCCAAUGCCUACCAUGCAGUUGUCUUCAACACCAGUGACAAAUGCAAUGUUUGGUGGAAGUUAUGAUGCUAUGGUUGCAGGACAUCCGGGAAUGUCACCAUUGCGACGCAAGAAAUUAUCUAGCAUGUURAUGGGUCGAGAUACACCUAUAUUGAGAACUGUGCUUGGACAGGGACAAGCUGAUUCCUCACAACAACUUGCUCUGCCAUUAUAUGGUUCUGAAGCAAUGGAACAUYAUAGACCACAGUCGAAUGGAUCUGAAAAUAGCAGCCAAUUUUCAAAGAUUAAAAUUGAAGGAUCAGAACCUCAUUCUCCAUAUCCUCCUGAUAUGUCAAUGAAUGAUGAUGAAGAAAUUAUAAGGAUGGGAAAAAUGAAUAAUUCAUCCUCACCUCAAUCAAUGUAUGGCGAUUCAAAAAGUGGUAUUGUAACUCCAGGAAUUGCAACUUAUGUCCCAUCUCAUAAGCCUGAGUGGAAAAGAUACAAACAGUAUACACGGCAAGAUAUUAUGUCUGCAAUAGAUGCUGUUCGAACUGGCAUGAGUGCAUUACAAGCUUCUCGAAAGUUUGGAGUUCCGUCUCGUACUCUUUAUGAUAAAGUGAAGAAACUGGGUAUAACCACAAGCCGUCCAUUUCGUAGAUCAGGAGUAAACAAUGGCAAUCUCGGCUUCGCGUAUGGAUUAGGUCCAGGUACUAGYAGUGUUAUGUUCUCAGGACAAAUGUCCGGAGCUGAAGAUGAAUCGGGUCAUUCUACAGCCAUGGAACAUGCAACUGCUGGUUUCUUACAUCAUGCUCUUGGAUUAUCUGGAGUGCCUAUAAAAUCAGAUCAYGAAACUUCUAACAAUGGGCAUUCACCUCGUUCAGAUAGAAUGGAUGAUGGAGGCUCUCCUUGUAGCCCAGAACUGAUCAAAUAUGCUGGACACAGAGAAGACACACAAUCACCAACUCCGACAGAYAAUGAUGACCAAGCACAAGAUUUAUCAGUUUCUCGUAAAUCUGAGUCAUCAAUGCAAGCAACACCUACAUCUAGAGUUAUUAUGGCGCCUAUUAGUCAAACGCCCUCUGUACCUAUGUUAGCCGCUGGUAACGAUGAUAGGGACUGAAAUGGUGGUUUACAUUGGAUGGGCAGUAUGUGCAAUCCGAAUUCAAUAAUUGAAUUUAACUGAAACCCAAAUCUUAGGUAUAGGCUAUUUGAAGUCAAACCUAUUUUAGCUUUAGUAAUGUCAUUUUAAAAUUUGCGUUAAAGACAUACCAGGGUUAAUUGGUGC